AUGGCGGAGUCUACUACCGAUAGUGACACAGGAUAUGAGCUGGCCGAGCUCUAUGGCGGCGCGAUGAAGGUCCUGAUACCGAAGGGAUUCGCAAACAUGGGGUCUAUCUAUCCAAUCCCUGAUAACCAGGAGGUCUUCCGGUCUACCUCCACAAAGACAAACAUCAUCAUCGAACUGGUCGAACGACUGGAGCCGGGCUCAUAUACCCUGCCAGAAGAGGUGGCGGCUCAGUUGGAAACAUCCUCGGAUACCAACAAAGAGGAACUCAGCGCUGUCUUGUAUCAUCUGCAUGACAUGUGCACUUCCAAUGGGGACACCUAUGAGAUUCUCGAUCUGCCGAAGCCGUACCCUGUUCAACUCAUACCUUCUCCAGCGUAUACUUGCCAGGCACUGGUGACCGCCAAGGGGAAGAUAUCCGACACUCAGCGCUUGCUUAACAUGCUCUCAGACUCUACGCAGCAAGCGACAUCGACAUCAACACCAGCCUCAACCGGUACUGCUGGUACUGCCGGUACGACCGUCACUGCACCGAUAACCGAACACGAAUCAACUUCAACCUGCCAUUUCUUCCUUGUACGGCUCGCACAGUAUGGCACUGAUAUACUUGUUUAUAUCAAUGUCCCUCACGAUAUGCUUGAGGAAUCUGGAGUUCCCGGCGCGGUUGCCCAGGAGGAAAUGCGUGCGCAUGACAUCAUGGCCAAUAUGAUGCGGUCCCUGGGAAUUAUUGACUAUUGCCUUUUCGGAGGUUAG